UGAAUCAUACUUCCUCUAACAGCCAGCGCUCGGCUCUCUGCAUCUCCUCUUUUGUGAUCAGUGACACAGAGAUGGCGGGUACGAGAAUCACGAACCUCCAGACUGGCAAGCAGCCGCCGCUGGUCCCGCCUCCGCCGCGCAGCCAGGUGAUGCAGGGCGCCGUGCAGCUGCGCAUCAAGAGCUCCCAGAGCCCCGGAGACCGGCUCAGUCAGUCCAAGUCCAUGGUGCUGCAGGAGUCCGAUCUCCCUCCCAAACCUAUCUCUCGACAUCGCAGGAAUCAGUCUCAGCACAACGUGUUGGGCUCAGGAGGCGCUGACGGGUUUGAACCGCUGGUGAAAGGUGAACACCUGAACGUGGCUAAAAUCUCAGAUGGUGGUAAGAAGCAGAGGAAGAACUGGACCCAGAUGUGGAGCGUGCUGACCUCAGACCAGCUGCUGCUCUACAAGGAGAGACAACAAGAAGCGAGUCAGAAGGCAGCAGGUAAGACGGACGUGGUUCAUCUGUGCGGCGCUGUGAUCGAGUGGACGACGGAGAAGUCGAGCAGGAAAAACGUCUUCCAGAUCACAACCAGCACAGGAAGUGAGUACCUCCUCCAGGCUGACAGCAACGCCACGGCCAGUAAAUGGUACGACGCCAUCAGAAAGACCAUCGACUCUUCAACUAAAGCAGACGGAGGAUUUCCUCUGCGGAGGUCCAACAGCACCGAGUACCUGCCCCGACACAGCUCCCUGCCCGGACACGGCUCCGCCUCCCCCAGCGCCAAGCAGCGCAACCCGGUCCACAGACGCUCCAUCAACAUGUUCGGCAGCUCCAAGCUGAAGCACAGCACCUCCGACAGCGCCGACAAGAACGGAGUGAAGAACAGACUGAAGAAGUUCAUCACCAGACGUCCGUCCAUGAAGACGCUGCAGGAGAAAGGACUCAUCAAAGAUCGAGUCUUCGGCUGCCACCUGUCGACGCUCUGCGAGCGUGAAGGAACCACGGUGCCGAAGUUUGUUCAGAUCUGUUUGGAUGCAGUUGAAAAACGAGGUAUGGAGGCCGACGGGAUCUACAGAGUCAGUGGAAAUCUGGCUACAAUCCAGAAGCUUCGCUUCAUCGUCGAUCAAGAGGAGGACCUGGACCUGGACCACAGUCAGUGGGAGGACAUCCACGUCGUCACUGGAGCCCUCAAAAUGUUUUUCCGCGAGCUGCCGGAGCCGCUGUUCCCCUUCAGGUCCUUCCAGCCAUUUGUGGAGGCCAUCAGGAUCAAAGAAGCCAGUCACAAAGUUCAGGCUGUGAAGAAACUGAUCCAGAAUCUGCCCAAACCAAACCACGACACCAUGAAGCUGCUCUUCAGCCACCUGCACAGAGUUCUGGCUUUCUCUAAGAAGAACCUGAUGUCCACUCAGGGCAUCGGCAUCGUGUUCGGGCCAACGCUGAUGUGGCCCGAGCUGGACGGAGGAAACAUGGCGGUCAACAUGGUCUACCAGAACCAGAUCGUAGAGUUCAUCCUCAUCGAGAGCCGACAAAUCUUCAACCUGGACAGGAAGUGAAGCGGCCCGGCUCUGAGGUGGACCGGAUCAUCUGACGGACUCAUAUUUACACAUCAAAGCUAAAAAAUAACCAAGUUCCUUCAGAAAUGUUAUCGUUUAAACAGGAAACAGAAGCAGUGUCUUGUUUUGUAGAAAAAUAAAUAAAUAAAUAUAAAAAAUAAAUAAAUGGAUUUUGAUCAGAACAAAGUUUUAAAUGAAUAUUUCCAUUUUUAAUUAAUUAACACAAAAAGAUCAAUCAUCAGUGAAGGAGUUUAAAUGUCACUGACUCGUCUUCACUGGUUCAUUAAAGUCCAGCGAAAACACGUCUUUUCUUGUUAGUACAUCAAGAAAUAACAAUAAACUGUUCUCACGUUAGCUUCUAUCCAAAUCUUCCACUAUUUUGUUCUGUAAUACCAGUUUUCCUGACGUGUCGACUGCACUUUGUCUAACUGUAAUUAUACGCCCUGCCUGAAGCCGACAACAGCAAACACGUGUCAGUAUAGAAACCGACCUCCUCUCGCUCCUGAGCCACUCGCUACCUGCUGCCAGAUGAUUGACGAAUCCUGUAUCCAGUUACAUUUCAAAAACAGAUAUUUACAGUUUAAAUGGGUUUUAUAAAGUCUUACCUCGAAAAUGUUGCAAGUUUACAUAGUUUUAUGCAAUUUGCUCAUUGUAUAAGCUGUUUUUUCACCCCAACACAUGUUUCUGACUUUUUCAAUAUGCACAAAGUCAGUUUAAAUAUGGAAAUAAAGAAAUAUAAUGUGUUUAUGCUUUUGUUAGUCUCAAGCAGGGGUACUUUUCACAUUUAAAGCCAGGCAACUGGAUAUUUCCUCUUCAAAUGUGACAAGUGUUCAUUUUCAGUCAUACUGUUAUAGGAGCAUUUCAGGAUAAUUACAUUUCCAGGAAUGAUUAACUGGUAAAUAAAUGUUUUAUAAUGUGGCACAAAGAUCCCACACUCAUGUCAACAGGUGAUGUUUUUUAACGCAGUUUGUGUUCGAGUCAGCAGACGAAGAAAAGUUAAGUAAGACAGAAGAUUGUCAAAACAAAUGUCGUGUCUACUUACAUCUACUGACUGAUGUGUGAUAAACCAUUUGUUGAUAGUUUGUAUAUUUCUUUCAUGCUUAAUAAUUGUGAGUUGCAUGUUGCCAUUAAUACAGCAGAUAACAUGA